AUGCAUAUGUGCUAUGAGAGGCCAGGGUUGGUCAACGCGCUGAACGGAACCGCCGGAUACGACAAGUGGGAUCGGGGCGGGGGCGCUGGCGGAGCGGGCGGCGCGGCGGGCGCGGCGUGGUCUGGCCGCGAGCGCGAACCCCGCGAGAGCCGCGACGCCCGCGACGCACGUGACGCCCGCGAUACGCGAGACCGCGAGCGCGACAGGGAGCGGGAGCGGAAGGCGCGCGCGAAUCAAAUGUCGCACGCGCACGCCGCUGAACCAUCCGACAACUCUUCGCUCUUCCCCGCGCCCUUCAGAGUGACGGGAAACCGCGACCGCGUGAGCCAACAGAUCCAGAUCAAAUUAGGAGACUACCACCUCGCGCAGACGCUCCUCGACGACCCCAGCAAGUCCAUCGGAAUCUGCGCCGAACCAGCUAGCCCUGCGCCAUGUCAUCCGUCAAGGCGAGAAAGCGAGUUCAAGAAGCCUGCGCACGCGCCGCAAAAUGGCCGAAUACACCAUCGACCCUACCCUUACAACAAGAACGAAAGCUUAAGCUCAACUGGGUCGACGGUUCAUCGGCCGCCACCUCUAAGGAUACCCAACGGUUUCCAGCCACAGAAUGCCAUCGACAGCAGCAGUCAACCGCCUAUAGAAAGUAUUUUAAAGGAGAUGAAAACGUUGCCCACCCCCCUGUCCGUGAUAGCGGCGACCCCCAGGAAAGAGCCAGAGAAUAAAUUCAUCUUCAACCACUACACGAAUAAGGUGCAAGAAAAUCCCCAGCUGGUCACCAACGAUCUCAAAGCUCCCGUCGCGAAAUCUGGUCUGGAUGGCCGGAUAUCAAACUCGCGAAGUUCUGUAUCGCCUGACGUGGUGAAUAAGGACCUUGGUCUGUCAGAGAGUGAUGACGAGGUCGCAGCGACCACCACAAAGCUAGAGCCAAUCCUGUCACCGCUCCGGUCUGGAGGCAGCCCAAGUUCGGGGAGUGAGUCGUCGCCAUCUGACUCCGAGUCGGAGUCCUCGUCAGCUGAAUCGACGGCGCCUGCGCCCGCGCCAACGCCUGCACCUCCCCCGGCGCAGCGACCCUCCUGGGGCCUCUCCAACUUCGCACCGCCACCGCCGCCUGACCACCCGGAUCUGACCAAUGUACUCACAGAUGCCAAAGGCAAACCGCAGAGUCCGAUAUCGGAUCUCACCGACUCGGAGGCGUCGUCGCCGUCGCCUGGUGUGCGGCGCCGGCGGUCACUCGCCAAUCGCAUCUCGACUGCAUCCAGCGAUGAAGAGACGCCUAGGCCAGUUCCGGUUCGAGUCCAAGCCUCGCCAAACGUUCCGACCCCAGUGCCCAGUGGGUCUCAAAGCACAGGAGUCAAACGCGGACGACCGCCGAAGCCGCGAGCGGAAGAACGGCCUGCGAAGAAGAAGCGCGGUCGACCGAAAAAGAACCGUCAGCUGUCACCUGUCCCACCGGUCGAUAGCGAACCCGAACCGGACCCGCCUGUGCAUCAUGCGUUGCAAGAUACGAAGACGCAUAUCUUCCGCAAGGUUUUCACUCCUAAAAAGGGCGACGAAUGCGGAGGUAAAGGUGGGAAAGGAGGCAAAGGAAAAGGUGGAAAGGGUAAAGGCCAAGUGACGAUCAUCGAAGUCACCGCACCGGAAUCCGGCGCUGAUGAUGACGACCGGCACAGGGACCGCUCCAACGAAAGGAGGACACAGGAAGCCAUCGCCAGGGUCUCACCUCCGCAGGAACCAGAGACGUACACGCGAAAGCGAGAGGCAGAACGCAUCUCAAACGAAAGGAUACAAGAGAGAGUUCCCAUUGAGAGGCCGGACUAUCGACGACCUGAAGAUAGACCUACGAUCGAGCGUACCUCCGUAGAUCGACUCCCGGAUCGAAUAGCGAACGAUCGGUUAAUACCAGAGCGGAUACCCUCAGACCGUCGGUCGACGGAUAGGCUACCCCCGGACAGACCGGACCGCAAUGACCGCACACAGGAAAGGCUAUCGAAUGAAAGAUUCCAAGAUAGAAUAUCGAAUGAUCGCCUCCAGGAUAGAUUAUCAGCAGACCACUUACAAGACAGAAUACAAUCGGAUCGAAUGCAGGAGAGAUUAUCCAAUGACCGCUUGCAGGAACGAUUGUCUAACGAUCUGCUGUCCCCUGAUCGCAUAUCGGAUAGGUCCUCAGAUAGACUGUCUACGAGCGACCGAAUCGAUAGAAAGUCGGGCGACAAAAUGUCUCUCGAUCGGUCGAGUGAAAAGUUGGAUAGACUAUCGAGCGAGAAGAAAAUAUCCGUGGAGCGCGUGGAGAGAAUAACUCCAGAGAGGGCUGAAGCAGAUGUUGGCUUUGUGCAGUGUCCAGUGCCUAAUGUAUCGGAACGUCGGAGCCGGUCUCGUGUGAUCGUCAGCAUUCCCCUGGUACGACUGCGCCCAGAUGUGGUGCGUGCACUAAGAACCCCGAGGCGACCCGCCCCGCCUGUCAUACAGGCCACGACACCCCUACAGAGCGAAGUAGCUGCGACGAACCACGAGCGGCCGAGCGCCUGCCUGGGCCAGACGCCGAUCUACUACUCUUACUUCGAGCAGCUGCCUGCAGACGCGCUCUCCGACGAGGAGCGGGACCACAAAUACUACCUCGCGGAAGCAAAGCGCCUCCGUUCAGCCGCUGAAAGUGAGCAGCACGCGUUACCGCGUGUUAUGCUGUACCUCGAGUCAGUUCUUUGCUUCGUGUUAACUGGGCGAGUGUUGGAGCUGGAACUGGAUACGAAGCGGGCGUUCACCAUCUACCGGGAGACCAUCGAAUACAUCAAGUCGAUCCAUUCGAUGCCGCAACGGAUCCGCGCUGAGGCGAGAAAGAAGGGUGGCGAACCCCACUCCACUUUCAGCAAACUGGACAUACUGAGCCUACGAGUGCAAGCGUUGCUGUACUUGCGCAUGUUCAAGAUGUACAAUCGCGAAGUGAAGGAAUACUACAAGAUCGUGCAAGAGUACCAGCAAAAGGUCGGUAAUCCCGCAUGCGCGGAAUCAGUGUCUCCACUGUCCCCAACACCGUCGCCAGCGGGUUCUGUCGGGUCAGGUGGGUCUGCGUCAAGUGGGUACUGUUCGCUGGCGCACGCGGUCCCUGCGCACGCGCACAAUGCUCUGCUGCAGCUCACGAAGUACUACACGUUCCUGUAUGUCGCGCAUGACUUGUGGGAGCAGGCUGACUGCCUCUGCCGGCUUAGACCUAACCAAGAUCUUUUCAUCGCAGUGGACCGUAAAUGCGGGCCGCUAACGCUGUUCUCGACGUUCAGGCAUCUAGUGCAGUAUGUCCGUUACGCGAUUUCGCUGCUAAAAAGCGCGCCUCAGUGA